GUUCCCAUUGGACGUCCAUGCAAGUUUCCUGGACAAGUCCAGCUGUGACUCUCAUAGUCGACGCCAGAGUCACGUGAGUCAGGAUGUGGAGAUUUUGUUACGCAAGAGUCAGACGUUGAUAGAUACGCUAGAGAGACACAGAGACAGCGAGCAGGCCGAGGAUGUCCCAAAUAUCUUCAGGUCGUCUCUCCAUGUUGCCAUUCAGUACAGUUCUAUAGACGUUCUUAAGGUGCUUCUCAAGUACGGAGUAGAUCCGAAUGAACCUUCAAACUUCACAUCUCGGAGCAGGAGGAACAGCAACUACUCCAGCAGCGAUGUAGUGAGUCCAACCGUCCCUUACAUCUCGCUUCCAGGCGUCCAGCAGCAUUCGCACAGCGAGAUCUCCAGGCAACACUCGCCUUCGCCACAUUCCCAUUCAUCGGAGCAGCCUUAUACUUGUGAAGAAGCAAAGCAGCAUUUGACACAUGCAACUCAGACAAGCUCCUCCACGACUUCUAUAUCCCAGAGCGUUAAACAGUCAACUUCUUCCAAGAUCGCCAGACGUAGCUACGAGUGGGGAUCCUUGUCGUCCCAAACUUCAGGCGUCACCAGAUCUCCGGCGUCCAGCCGAGCUGGACCUUUUGCCGCACACCUUCCCGAAAUUGUGGAAACAUCCGUGGAGAAUGGAUUUAAUUUCUCGGAACACUAUUCCAAAGACGAGUUGCUGAACUUGCCGUGCCUGUAUCUUGCUGUUGUUGACGGUAACCCAUAUGUUGUUCAACUGUUACUUCGGUACGGAGCCCAACCUAACGUUCAAGACUCUCAUGGGUGUUCGCCACUGCAUCUUGCCUGCAGUCAGGAUUAUUUCAACUUAGAAAACAUCAGAAGUCUUCUCAAAUACGGUGCGAAGAUCCACAUGAAAAAUGUUAACCAAGACUCACCCUGCUCCCUGUACCCGGAUAUAGUCUCGGAGCAGAAGGCUGUUGUCAGGACCGCCUUGGCCCGCAUCAACAUCGUCGUCCAGCCGAGCAAGCCGCGCUCAAGAACGUCCACCAUCACCAACCCUGCCCUUAGGGAGUACCCCAUGCCGUCAACGCCAACUCACGACCAGACGGCAUCCUCCAGCAGGUCUGGCAGCGUCAGCCGCUUUUUCAAGAGACUCAGCUCCGAUGCCAGGCCGAGGGGUCGACGGAUUACUCGCGACGAGAGCUCCAAUUUCACUUCUGACGUCAUGCGAGAGAGAACUUACUCCAGCGGAUCGUGCAAGAGUCUUCGAAGUCGUCACUAUUCGUCGUGUGUGGUGGAUGAUCUUGAAAGCGACUUCUCGAUGGAGCCCUCAGUGUUCUCUGAGAGAGGGGCAACCCGGAGCAGGAUGAGUCUUAGAAGAAAUGAAAAGGUUAAAAACAGGGGGAGCUACUCAGCUGAACAAAACGAGAGGUCUGCAAGUGAUGAGGCGGAGAGGUCACUUCAUAUACUGGUCAAGUUGGCGGCCAACUGGGAGUGUGUGCCCACCAUGCUGGACAGCCUGUUGUCCUACAUGCGAAAUCUUUUGCCUGUCAUUGAACAGCUGGAGGCCCCGGUGGUGGAAAAGUCCAUUAAUGAGCUUUUUAACCAGUUGGUGCAGACCUGUUAUCAGCAACUUAAUGAGGUCACAGCGAUCGAAGUUAAACAUUCCAUAUUUCUGGAAUUUUCCAAGCUUUUACAAGCUGCCUUGGAGCUGAUGAGGGGCAAACAGAGCCUGCAUUUCACGGCUCUCUCUACUGUCAACAGAAUCAUGGAUAUCUGUAUAGUCAAUAAGAAUUACGAGUUCGGUUCAACCGCUUGCAAGGCGGACACGGACCCGUCCUCCUUUUCGGAUGUAGGACAAGAGUUUAUUCUGGGUAGAAACUGUCACGGGGUCUCCAAAGGUGCCAGUGUUGGGCGGGAUCAACAUACGGCCAAAUUUCAAAGCCACGCUCACCCGCAUACGGGUCUGUGCAGUUGGCUAAGCAGCUCCGACGACUCUUCCACUUCCGCCGCCUUCAUGACUACUUCCCGGGGAUUCUCACACGCUAACACGACUUCCUCUUCCACCACGUCCCCCAGCGCCCCCGGGUCCUUCCCUGUCACCACCAGCGGCGUCUCCGCUCCUUCCGCUUCAGCUACUACCUCAGUGACGUGUUCCUCAACGCUCAACAGAAUAUCAUCCCUUCACAAGAGACGCUCGAGCCAGCCAUCCCACGAGCACCAGCAGCACCCCGCCGCCGGUGCCGAAGAGGACGACCCGUCCAGGGCUGGAGCCCCCGUGGUCAGGACUCCAUUGGAGAUUCUCUUGUCGCUGGACCCCAGCCAGAUCGUGUCCUGCCUGCACAAUAAUAUCACCAUGCACAAACGGAUUAUCGGUACCAGACACAAGUGCACACCCAGUGUCAGGCAGAGGCACUGUACCCACCACUGUCUACAGAUAAUGAGCGCAAGGGUUCUGACGCUUAUGUGCCACAGUGCUCACGUUCAACAUAAACUAGUGACUAGAGGACAUCUGAAAAUGUUGGUGGAAGCAUUGGAUCCUAAUCAUGACCCUCAACUUCUGUGCCUCCUGCUGCAGGCUCUGGCCUCUGUGGCCAUGACCCCGGCCUACCAUUCUGCCUUGUCUGAAGCAGACGUGGCCGACAUGCUGAUGCAACUGCUGCUGCCAUCUGAUGAGUGGUAUUACACCAACCACAGCACCAAAUACGCCAAGUAUGUCAAGUACCAUGCUGCAAGGAUCCUGGUCUACAUGGGAUUGUUUCACAAGCUGGGCGGACGCGUCGACAUCUUUGAUAGAAGACCCUUCAACGAGAGUAACCAGAGCUCCUUGCUUCAAGUUCACUCCCCUGAAGAUAGUUUUAUAGAGCUGAUGGCAAUGGGGAAAAUCGUCAUGUUCAACUCCAAGGGUCACAUAGAGGCAGCCUCCAUGGAAGGUCUCAUUGCUGAAGUGAUUCAGGAAGCAAGUACAGAAGAGCGAGAAGGUCACACGCCUUUCAUUCGACUGAGUGGGUCAGUAAGUAGUUUAUCAGGUCACUUCGAUCAUGAUCCUAUUAGUGGUCCGCAGUCGAUUCUCUCUCCACUUGCCACGCCCUCGUGUUCCAUGGAGUUCCUGAAGGUAAUGAACCAACAGUCCUUGCGUGAGUACUUCUUAUCCGGUUUGCCCAUGGUUGUGCAUCCAGUCAUCGUCCUUAGGCUUCUUUCACACAGACUCUUUGGAAACAUGAUACGCAGAAAGACUCUCUACUCAGACUCAAAGCUAAAGCCUCCAAAAGUGGACAAAGUUGACUCUUGUCCGCCUAGGAAGCUUGACACCUGUGAGAAAGACGACCAGAUGGUUGUGAAAGAGCAGCAGCAACAGGCACAAGAAGGUUUACAGAUAAAAAACGUAGAACUCUCGGGUUCCCUGAAGUCCCAAAAACAGGAACCAGCAUCCACAGUCGUGCCUAAACCAAAGCCAACUCUCAGGGUUAUGGUGUCGGACUCGGGGAUCGAUGAAGACGAAGGGCACACGCAAGAUCUGGACGACGCCCAGUUCAGCGAGAAAAUCACGGGUAAGCUAGCUAGUCAUUCAACUUUCGUACAGACCAAGAAUGGAACAACGACAAAACUUGCCUUACGUGCCAUUGGCGAAAGCCUUGUCACUCCUCUUGAUAUGGACAUUAAGUCUAGGAAUAAAGAGGCCUCCUCAAUGGCCUCAACCAACGUCACCACGCCCCCUGAUCAUUCUGAGUCCUUGGCCUACGACGUAGCAUCGAAACAGCCUUCCAAGAAAUUAUUUCGCUGGCCCAGCAAAAAGCGCCUUUCAAAGUCCCAAGUGAACGUUCAGUUAGCACACCAGGACAGUAUAGUCAGCGGAGGUCAUCUGACAUCUGGGUCUUGUAGUGAAGCGUCCACGCCAGAAGUAGACAUCGUUGCCUUUCAAAGAGAACUUAUCAAUCUUCCUACAUUUGUUAUGGAGACACCCCCCGUGGAUGUAUCUCCAGUGUUUUCACGCUCCAGUUCCGUUCCAGAAAAUUUAGCCAUGAGGCAUAGAUCCAACCUCAUAAACAGUUCUACUGGUCAGCUCCAUGUCCAUACGGACGUCGUAGAGUGCAAGCACAGUCCUCACAGCCCUAGUCGGCCAACGUUUAUCUUCCCCAGCUCACCGAUGACCACUGGUCCAUUUAAGGCCGGCUCCAUGGUGACUAUAACUACCACCGACGUCGGAGGAGAAGAUGAACGGAUUAUUCAUCACCCUGUGUCUUCGGCAGAGUCUCAGAUUUCUCCAAGUCAGCAGUAUCCUUCCCCGCCUAGCUCUGAUACCCCAGUGGCCGGCGCCGCCAUCACAGUUCACUUUGAAGCACCAUCUUCUCCAAACCCUUCCACGUCCAGCCAAAGUCCACAGACUCAGUUUGACUUCCCAAGUAUCCCCCCUUCCACAAGCUUCGCCAACCACCUCAGCGUCAAGCCAGAAUACGUUCCAGUAGUGACACUGUCCCCUCUCCAGCAGCAACUUACAUGCCACACAUCCUUGUCCACACCUAUCUUGUACUCGCCGACACCAGACCUUCGUCCAGCAGGUGUCACAUCUAAUGUCAGCACGGCCACCACAUUGGCGACUCCGAGCUGUGACAUAUCCUUUCAGCACCGAGGUGUUCUCAAGGUCUUAGAGACAUGGUGCAAGAUUGCCCAAAUUGACCUUGAAGGCAAUUCAUUAAUUGCAUUAGAAACCAGGGAAUUUCUCAAACGUCUUUCAGGAAUGGGACAUGAAUACAAGUUGUGGUGCCAAAGAUUUAGCGCCAACCUAAGGCUAGAGGAAUGCAUAACAGCUGACCAGGCAACGGAGGCCAAAGAUGACAAUGUAUCAAUCCAUCUCCAAUAUAAGAAGCUCCAGCAGUUGAUUGUUAAUGGAGACUUGCCUUGCUCCAAGGAAGAGGCCGCUACUCUUGCUGGCAUUCAACUGCACAUUGAAGAAGCCUGGCCAGAGACAGACGAAGAGGAGGAAGAAGAUCUGGGCGCCGAGACGCCCAACCAUCAGAACAACAAUUGCGGCAGCCCCACCAACGGCCUCGCUGGAGGGGAUGACGGGACAGCUGAGCAGACGAGAUGUUUUCGCCUCAACACGGAGACAGAGAAACUUGAAAACUUGAAGCACAAAAAGGAACUCAUUCGUUCCCGGCGGGCUCAUCGCAUAACAAGCACUCGACGAAGUACCAAACUGGCCCGAAGUCUACUAUGUACCAGCGACAAUGAGGGGAGACCAAGAGAGGAGCUCGACCUCAGCCGCUACCUACCACCCCAUUACACCACAUCAAAGAAAGUUCGAGAACUAAUCGAGGAUAAACAAAAGAAGCUGUGGCACACACCUUAUUACGAGAACGAGGUCAAACUCAAACAGCUUUACAUCAAAAUCUGUAAAAAUCUGCCAUCCUACGGCUGUAAACUGUUUCAAGUGAAAGAAAUCCUGCGUGGCAAUACACAGAAAAAGGUUGCUCGUCUGUUGGCGAUAUCCAAUGAAAAGAUAAUGCUCUUGGAUACAAAAACUCAUCUGCCAGCUAAAAUGCAACAGCUGAAAGAUAUGGAUGAUUGGUUGUCGGGUACCGGGAAGGCACACGACAGUUUAGUUCUUGAGUUCAGGGGCACAAAAGCCUGGACCCUGGCCAUGCCAUCAGUCGAAUGUCUCAAGUCUGUUACAGCAGCAAUAUGGGAAGCGUUAGACAUGGAUGGUCGAUUUUUAAACAACGGAGCUCUUCAAAGAGAGAGUUUUGAAUUCGACUACCAAAGGAAACAGCUGACAGCUCGCCCAGAGCUCGAGCCAGUAAGUCAGUACACAGAGGAACUGGAAAGGCUGAGAAAGAUGUUGCACUUUCCAGAGGAAGUCGCCAUGAUGCUGACCUCCACAGAGCACAAACUUUUCUGCAGUGUCCCGCCCCAGCACUAUGUUCGUCACGUGACCAUGGAGCUGUCCAGGCCUCUGUUGCAGAAGACACAAAUGUCGGUGGAGCAGCUGAUACAGAGGUUUAAUGAAGUGAGUUCUUGGAUCACUCAGCUCAUUGUAACUCAGGCUACUCACGAUGACCGCAAGGCUGUGCUGUCAUGCAUACUCAGGCUAGCUGUGUACUGCUGGGUUCUGGGAAACUUUAACUCAGCUGUGGAGAUUUUGUGUGGCUUAAGGUCUGAGAAACUGAAACCGUUUUGGUUGUCCAUCGAAGACGAAGAUUUAUCCACCUUACAUUCCUUAUCAGACAUGAUACUGACCAGAGACCUGUCUCCCGAGUACAAAGAAUCAAUCAACAGGGCGCUGGACAUUCCAGAGUGUAAGGUGGUGCCAUUCUUUGGCUCGUUUCUGAGAGAGCUGAAAAGUAUCUUUGUGGGCGUGCCCAGUAUCAUCGUGCUGCCCAGUGAGGAGAACCAUUCACUGGAGUUUGUGUCUGAUUACAACGGCGAAGAUCGCUUUAUGACCAGGAUAGGCGUGGGUGGUCUCAUCAACCUGGACAAACUCAGGCAGGCCCACCUGGUCCUUGGAGAUAUACACCUGUUUCAGUACCAUGGCAACAAGGCGAGCGGAAUCACUAGCAGCAACCAAGACGAUGCUGUCAGCAGCUCUAGCCUGGAAGCUAGGCCAACUCCUGACGACAGUGAUAGCGACUACGACCUUGAUCUUGAUAGCUACCAGCCAGUCAAACCACUGACCUGUGAGCAUGAUGUGAUGGUCUUGACUCCUAGACUUCUCCAAGUCGAUCUACAGACACUACAGAUCUUGAACCACGGUACGACCAUGAUACAAUGGGAUGAAGACGCUGGAAGAUCUUCUAUGUGUGUCCUCCGACUAGAGGCUGAUAACGCCACUGUCACUUGGUGCCGGCCCGGGUGGAGCGCCCUCCGAGGGGUAACCUCGCCUCCCGAUUUCAUCUUUCACUCUGAUCGCUUCCAUUCCUCCCUGCACGUCCUCUGCGCCCGCUACGGCGGCGGGAGCGACGACAACUUCAACUCUCUCGAGGAGGGCUUCCUGGAUGUAAUGAACAUUAAAGAAGUUUACCUUGGCGACGAGUCCGUGGACCUGGCUGGCAUCUGCAAACGUCACGGCCUGGAAACGUCAGAGUCGGAGCCUAAAUGUAUCACCAUCGUGCACGGUAACUGCAUGUCGGCCAACCACAAGCAGUGUUUCAUUGGACCUAAAGGGGUAACGGGCGCAUGGUACCAGGGACUGUGUCGUCUGAAGGCAGCAGCUGGAAAACUAAGGCAGCAAAUGGAUAAAAGGAUAUUGUGGUUAAAGCAGCAGUACCUUCAGCUGUACUAUGAAGGAGAGAAAUGUCAAGGACCUACUCCUGCUGAGGCUAUUAAGGUAUUUGGAGGUAGAUCAUGGUCUUCUGGGCUACCAACGUCUGCUAUCAAUGAGCAAGGGGGAUCUUUCAGACGCUCCGCCAACUUUGCCGUGGGGCCACCAAAUCUCUUUAAAAAGGGAAAAGGAACCGGAAGUGUUUCCUCGAAGACUGAUGCAGUGAAAGGUGGUGGCCAAACACAUGCUGCAUUAGCAUCUGACGGCAGCAAAUCCUACUCUGGAAAAUCCAAGCGCACACCAAGUCCACUGCGAAAAGUACGCUCCGAGAUGAACAAGUCACACAACAGCGACCCCACUUUAAACCAGAUAGCUAGGGGGAGCCCCACCCUGGGAUUUCGACCUCGCAGCCUGACUUUCAGCUUCACCAGCCGCUACAGAUCCAGGAGACGGCGCAUGUCCCUGGGUUGCAGGAGUGGCGACAAGUCAAGCUCCAUCACCCACUCCACGCAGCUUUCCUUCUUGGACUUCGUAGACCUUUUCAAAUCUUUUGGUCUGCGAUGCCGCAAAGAUCUCAAGGAACUCUUUGAUCAGGUGUCUUCCAGCAAGAAGCCUCAUGUGGAAGAGGCACCAACGUCUUUUGAUACAACCAGCCAGGCCCCCACCAAUGAUAAUAUUUGUUCUAUAACUCGAAUCACACCUCAGGAUCUCAAGUUAGAUAGCCAGCAGAGGCACAAAAUCUGUGAUGCUAUCGCUGUGUCCAGCAUUAUAUCCAACUGUGCAGGUGUGGACACUAGCCACAGUUCUUACCUCACACCCUCAGAGAUACAUGACUUCCUUGUCAACUUACAGGAGGAGCAUUUAAAUCUGGAGGAGAUUGCUGAGCUGGUACGAACAUUUGAGCCAGAUCCUGCCAUGAGAAGUCGAUGCUUCAUGUCCUUUGAAGGCUUUGCCAGGAUGUUGAUGGACAAAAACAACUACGCACAUGCCUAUGAAAAAAGUAGUCAUACUGAUGAGGACAUGGAUCAUCCUCUACCUCAUUAUUACAUAGCAUCAUCUCAUAACACUUACUUGACAGGGCAUCAACUUAAGGGGGAAUCAUCAGUUGAAUUGUAUAGUCAGGUUCUGCUGAUGGGUUGUCGCUGUGUUGAAUUGGACUGCUGGGAUGGAGAAGAUGGCAUGCCAAUUAUUUACCAUGGGCAUACACUAACAACUAAAAUUUCAUUUAAGGGAGUGGUGGAAGCAAUCAACAGGAGUGCCUUUGUUACUUCACCAUACCCAAUAAUAUUAUCUAUUGAGAACCACUGCUCAUUACCACAACAGCAAAAAAUGGCUCAGAUCUUUGUAAGUGUCUUUGGAGAUAAAUUAGUCACAGAUUUCCUGUUUGAUUCUGACUUCAUUGAUGAUCCUGUACUGCCUUCACCAAAUCAACUGAAAUACAAAAUUCUCAUCAAAAAUAAAAAAUUGAAGGACAACGAAACUCUAGCAGCAACCAAAAAAAUUUACACACAUGCUCGCGCAAGCAGUAUUCCAUCUUCAGAGACAACUUCCAUAAAUGACUUUGAUGAUGAUGAUGAUGAUGAUGAAGAUGAGGAUGAUGUAACUGAUGCUGUUAAAGAGUUGCGUAGGUCAGUUGACAGUCAAGACAGUCCAACACCAGAACAUGAAGACAAAUCAAAAGGAGAUCAACCCCGAUCUCGGACAGAUUCUAUAGAAGAUCUUAGAAACAGAUAUGGUAGUGAUCAAUUUUUUAGUAAAAUUUCACAUCCCAAGAGUCACCCUGAAUUAGACUGGCAGUUUGAAGAGGAAAUAACUAGCCUCAAAGUGCAACCUAAAGUGAAAACCAAAAAAGCUAGUCAAAUUGCUAAAGAAUUAUCUGACCUUGUUGUAUAUACUCAUGCUGUCAAAUUUAGAGGCUUAAGUAUGAGUCCUAACACAUCACUAAAACAAAAGAAAGUUCCAUCUAGAAGGAGUAUACUUACAGCUUCAAUGGGAACAAGUCCUAGUACUCCAACACUGAUGGCUAGUGGACUAGAUAAAACUGAUAGCAGCUUGCAAGUAACAAUACCAAAGAUGAAACGGCCAGAAGUACCCUCUUGUUAUCUGGUUUCUUCUCUUAAUGAAAAUAAAGCUAAACAGUUAUGCAGAAGAAGCCCACUUGCUACUGUUUGUCAUACUGAAAGACAGUUAAUGAGAACAUACCCGGCUGGAAUGAGAAUAGACUCUUCCAAUUUCAAUCCUGUGAUAUUUUGGGCUUUUGGCAUUCAAAUGGUUGCUCUCAACUAUCAAACAGAAGAUGUGGCAAUGUCUUUGAACACUGCCAUGUUUGAACAAAAUGGACGAAGUGGCUACAUUCUGAAGCCAUCUGUCAUGUGGGAUAAAACUCAUGUCAUGUUUAACCGUUUCAAUCCUUGGGACAAAGAGUUUGAUGGUUUGCAUACCACAAUCUUAACACUACAGAUCAUCUCAGGACAGUAUGUCAGUCAACAUUACUCUACCAAUGUUCAAGUGGAAGUAGAAGUUAUUGGUAUUCCAGUGGACUGUGCCAAACAGAAAACCAAAGUUGUGCCAAAGAAUGCUCUCAACCCAAUAUGGAAUGAUAUCUUCACUUUUCAGGUUCUUUUUGCAGACCUAGCUUUUAUUAGAUUUGUUGUCAUUGAUGCCAGCACUAGUCAUCUGGUCACACAGAGAGUGAUUCCUCUAAAAUGUCUUCGGCCAGGCUAUCGACAUGUACGGUUGCGAAAUGGAUCAGGUCAGCCCCAAGAGUUGUCUACCUUAUUUGUUUACAGCAAACAUGAAGAAGAGCUUCUAGAGACCAGAAAUGGGUUGGAAAAUUUCAGUGUUUCAACCUCCAAGAGAAUGUCCAUUUUUUCUAAAGUCAGAGAACUCUCUGAUACAAGUAAACAAGAUUCCAAAGAGCAGGUGCCCAAUACAGCUGGUACUAAACUGAAACGCAGAAUGUUUUUUAUUAGUGUCUUUGGAGUAACUGCCCCUGAUGAAUACAUUAUACUGAAGGUUACACAAGACUCUACUGUAGCUGACACUAUAGCUCAAGCAUUGACAAAAGUUGGUCGACUGGAUGAAAAAAUUGCUGAUUAUGUUCUGGUUGAAGAUGUGCAAAGUGGUUGGGAAAAGAAAGACCAGGAGAAAGCUAGUUGUCAGAGAAUACUUGAUGUUGGAGAGAAAGUGUUAGCUGCACAGAACAAAUGGAAAGGUGCUGGGAAGUUCAUCUUGAGAAAACUCAGUGAUGAUCCAAGCAGUAGGGCAUGGAUGACAACUAUGUUAAAAGAACAAAAGCGUCAAAUGGAAGAAUUCAGUACAACAGAUUGGGAGGGAGAAGAGCAUAUGUUCUUAGUUUGUGUUUUCAAUGUUUCCCCUGACCAGCCAUACACCAUUUUCAAGGCUCCUGUAACAAGUACAGCUCAAGAUAUUAUUACACAGGCUAUGAAGAAAGCUCAUAGAGCCAACACAGAAGACCCUCGAGACUUUGUUCUGCUUGAGGAAGUCAGCGAGUUACAUCAGUCCAGCUCAUCAAAGAAAUUGGGAGGUGAGAAAAGUGAUACUUCAAGAACUCUUGCUGAUGAUGAAAAUGUGUACCAAGCCCAAAAUGACUGGAGAACCGCAGCUGGUAGAUUUGUUUUGAUGAACAGAUCAGAGAUUAGCAUGGAUGAAGAGGACAAAAAACGUCUCAGUAAAGGAUCCAUUUCAAAAGGCAGCAAUUUCUCUAAAAGAUUUGGAUCUAAACGCCUUUCACGCAAUACAACUCCUGGAGAAAAACUUCUCGCUUAUCCACAACCUGAAACAUUUCACAGAUCCAUCAGUUUCCCAUCUCAAGUGAAUAGUACAUCAAUUGUUUCCAAGGCUACAGCUCCUUCACCCACAUUAUCCCCAGCUCCUCCAGAAAGAUCAGGACCUUUCAGAAUCUCAAAAAAGAUAUCAAAACUUAGUUUCAAACUCAACAAAUGACCUUUUCUAUUAACAGAUAUCAAAUUUUAAUCAAUGGGUCUAUAUGGAAGUUAAUUUGAAUAAGUGACAACCUGUUUUCAUUUCAUGAAAAGUGUUGAGAAAAACAAAGUCCUCCUGUGUCUAAUCAAAAUGAGACUACCCUACAAAAAACUCAAUGUGACUUAACUGUUAUUUAUCUAUCCUGGGCCUUCAGAUAUAUCUAUAUACCUACUGUGAAGUAAGUGCCAAAAUGAAGCUACUAUACAUUGUGAGCAAAACAUUCAGUUUUCAGUGGAUUACGUUUUCUGAAUAAAGGAGAUAAACUUUUUGUUAGAUAGGCUGUGAACACAUUUAUUUUGUUUUAAACUUUAUAGUUUGUAUUCGUCAAUUAGUUUCCACUUUUAGGUCUUUAAAUAUUAUUUAUUACUAUAUGCUAGUACCGGUAUUACAUUAUUCAUAUGUAGACAUUAACACUUAAUGUUCUCAUCAAUAAUACACAAUUUUCUUUAGGAUUUACACAUCAUAUCUUAAAUGUUUGAACUGUGAUAUAAUCAAAGGGAAUCUGAAGUGCCAAUUAUUCCUUCUGUUGGACUAAACAGUUUCUAUAGAGCCACAAUGGAUAAAUCAGAUUCUCCAAAGUGUGAGGAAAUAUAUUUGGUGUAUAAAUUGUAUAUAUACAUAACAUGGUCAGAUUUUUAUCUGUUUCUUUAUAAUGAUUGUAUUAAUAUAGUAAAUAGACACUGCUCCACAAUAAAGCAAUGAGUUCUGUAGGCUACAGUUUGUCUUUUGAGACAUUUGUUUUUUUAUCCAUCACAUGCUUGGUAGAUCAAAAAAACAAAAACCAAUGAAGGUGCAUGAAGUUUCUCUAAAGUUUGUGAUUGAGUAUGCCUUAUAGUCUAAUUAUUUUAUGCAUAUUUAAAUGAUAUUGUUUAAAAGGAUGGACUUCAAAAGCACACAUGUAGUUUAUUAUAAUUAUAGCAUAUUGUUGUUGUUGUUUUUUUUGUCAUUCCAACUGACAUUCAGUUGUUUUAAAGAGUCUGUAAAUGUGUUUGAUUUUGUCCUCAUGUAUACUCCCACAAUGCCCAAGUUAAACCUCAUCCAAUACAAUUAUAUGGAUGAAUUUUAAACACAACAUUUGUAAUUACCCCAACUAUUUAUAUUUCUUUGUGUUAGUAAGUAUUGUACUUUAAUAAAGAUAUGUUGUUUUGUUUAACUACUGGCUGCUUAGAGUUGAUUUUAUUUAUAAGUUUACAGUGUACUACUAUAUAGUCUCUUAGGGUUGAUGUUGUGUUAAGUAGUACAAAGCAUCAUACAGAAGUAUGUGAUGCACAGCUCCUUUGAGUUUCAAAUGUAUUUCAUGUUGAUUUUUUAUCUGUAGGUUUUCAGUUUCUUUACAAAGCAACAUAAUGUACUUACCUAGCAUAAGAACCUGUAUUGAUAUGGUACCUUUUUUUACUUGAUUGUAUACCACAUCUAAAGCAUGACUGCCUAGUCAUGUGGUAUGCACACUAGACUGUUGUUAAUUUGUCUUGAUGGUCCCGGGUUCAUAUUGUGCCUGUUGCCAUCCCCCAUCAUUCUGACGGGGUUUGGACAAGGAAGUAGAAUAUCUUCAAGUCUGAAGGAACAUCUGAAACAUUUAAAACAUUUUACAAACAAAGCAUGCUCAGUGCAUCCAGCCCAAUCUCUUUCGCGGACAUAUGGGGAAAGAGGUAUCUAGGAGAAAGUUUCUGUGCUGUUUAGGCACUUAGCAAACACAACUCUCGAGUUGGGAUUCCAAUUGGAGCUACCUUGUUAGGUUGCAGAACAGUUUUUGCCAGUAAUCCACUCAUCAAACUUUGAAGAGGCUAUGAUCUAUUUGUUAAUGUAAUAGUAGAUAUACUAGAUGUAGAAAUACUAUAUUAAUAAACAGACUAGCUGUUACUGUGUGAAAUGCUACUAUAUUAUUAUCCUUUCAUU